AUGUUAUGGACCCUGUUCGUGAAAAUCCUCUUCGUCAGCUUCCUCAUCGCUUGGUGGCUUAAACGACCUCAGGGCCGCUUCUACAAAGCCUUACUCUACGCCGCUUCAGCCGCCGUAUUCUAUCUCGUCGCCCCCCUCUACGCUUCCCUCUGCCUUGCCUGGUCCGUCCACUACACCCGCGAGAGCAUUCGGUACUGGAGUCUAGAUGAGUUGCUUCUUCGACAUGCCAGCAUGUUGGUGACACUCGCCGCAGUCAUUUGGCUGCUUCACCGUGCCUGGCAGACCCUCUGGAAGCCCACUACCGACCUGAUUAGCAUUCUUGGAGUCGACGUUCCCGAAGCCCCCGAUGUAUCCCUAGCCGGUAUUAAAAACGACGCCGCUACCCUCAACUGGACGCGCCCCUCUCACAACCGGCCUGUACAAAAGUUUUUGAUACAGGUCAAUGGUGUCAAUGUUGGCGAAUCGAGAUCUGAGGAAACGGCGAUUACUGUAACCGGCCUCAGGCCCAAUCAUUGCUACAACAUUCGCGUCAUCGCGGUCGGUCCGAAUAACUUCCAAGCUGGGAGCCAAGUCAUACGAUUACGCACAUACCGAUCUGAUGGACGUCCAGAGCUAGGAAACUCCCGCCUGCCCGACAGCUUUCAGGACCAAGAACCCCGAUCCAGUCAGACCCAGUGCACUGAAGAGAAUGGCGGACGCAGUCAGAUUCCUACUAUCGAGGCGGCCCCCUCCCUCGAGCCCGGAUCGGCCACCGCACGGGAGCCCACAACCAGUGCCGGCCAGAGGCGCAACACCGUCAACAGAAGACACUCCCCGUCUAUAGCGAGCCAAGAACAGCCAACUAUCAAAGAUCUGUCGGGCGACCAUCCCGAGGCGUCAUUGAAGGAUUUGGCCGACACUCUCGAAAAGCAACGGAAGGAGAUUGACGAUACAGCUGCACUGCACACGACCGAGGAGACCGAGUUCAGGCAGCUGGAACAGCGCCUCAAGAAAGAGAGGGAUGAAAAGAAGAGAGUACAAAAGGAGAAGGAUGAUGCCACCGCACAACUCAAACAGAAGGUCAAGGCUAGUUACGAACAAAUGCGCCAAGCCAGCAAAGACAAGGCGAAGAAGGAAAAUCAACUCAAGGAGAAGCAAGAUAAGCUCAAGAAGGUCCGCGACAAUAUCGACAAGUGGACUACCGAUAUCGAGAACAUGCGCAAGACGCGCGACGGUUUUGCUGCCGAAAAAGAAAGCCUGGAGAAGGACCGCGAUCUCAAAGUGAAAACUCUGAGCGAAGAGAACGCGGCUCUGCAAGAGGAGUUUGACCAGCUUGAGGCCGAGUACAAAGAAAAGAGGCAACAACUGAAGGAACUCGAAGACGAACGCAAGAAACUACCCGGUGGAGAAGAAGACGAUACUUGGCGAGAAGACGACCGGAAGAUGAAAAGGGACUUCGAGACCAAGCGGAGAGAGCUCCAGAGUCAACUUAUCAUGGAGAACAGGAAAGCUCAGCAACUCGACGGGCACUUGCAUAUGCUAAACGCUCAAAUGUAUGCUGCAACUCAGCAAGGCAUCAAUUUCUUCAACCAAGCGAAUUCCUCCGGCGUCGACUUUGAACAGAACGUACCGGUACAGAUCAAGCGAAGAAGCCGAACCGGAAAUUCAAUGUCGAAUGCGGCCGUUCCGUCUCCGACAGGACUUUACUCCGCCUCGGAUUCUCCGUACGCCCCUCCAAUCGGUUUCGGGGGUCGUUCGGGGUACGGUCAGUUUGGAGACAUGCAGGCCAACGAGGGAUUACCAACGGAACAGUUUAUUGAAGCAGAUAUGCGAGCCCUCACCGCGGGCGCUCCGUUGAGCCCCACAGCCCAGAUGCUGCUGCCAUCCGGAAUUUUAGGCGACGACUUCGAUGAUGAGCCUCAUAGCCCCAACUCGUUUUCUCGAAGGAGUCCUUUCGCGCCAGAUCAGCACAACGAUGCUCAUUCGCCAGCGCCGUCCGGCAAUUCCAAAAGUGCACAUUCUAGUCCUCCGGGGUCAUCUCACCAGCAGAACUUCCCUCCUUUGUCCUCAGACAUCGCCGACCGCACAUCCCUUAAAGAUGUGGCUACUUCUUCGGGCCCACAGCCGUCGCCAUCGGGGCACCGGCUUGGAAAUCUGUUCGCGUCUUUUCAACGCAACAGAGGCGGGAAGAGUGCCGAGGAAGGCGGCCCACUUCUUGGUAGCCUGAAGCAUGGUCAAAGCCAAUCUUUCCCACGGCAAACCGACGAUUCAGAGCCAUCAAACAGACGCCGGACUAGUUUCUCAUCGUACACGCAGAAUCGGAAUUCCGCUGGACCAGAGACUCUUGACGGAAGCACAUCAUCGCUCGUACCCAAAGGUAUGCUAUCGUCGGCUAGGCGUCUCAUGCCUUUUGGCGGUGUCUUUGCAGAUCGCGAUCCAAGCAGCCCGAGACCUGCUUCCAUGGCAUCGGCAGACAUGCCACGCCCAUCCACAGAUAGCGGACCCUCUAUCUGGGGUCACCCGGGAGACAAGAGUCGCUUCUGGACAGACAAUAAUGUGUGGACUUCUCGGAACCCGUCUAGGCGACCAUCGAUCCACGGCUCCCCUGCGGCUUUGAAGACAACCUUGGCGUCGGAACAAGAUGAGAUUCUCCGCGACGAGGUGCUGAAAGACCCCAGUCAAGUUGGUGUCAUCGGAAGCAGACCACCAGGCAACAAAUUGACUGCAGACGCUAGAACUUUGAGUGGGCGUCUCAAUCCUGCAGCACCGACUUUUAUCGGAGGUCUGUUCGGUUGGAAGGAGAAGGACGGUGAUCCGAGCAAAGACAAAGACAAAACCAAAUCCAAAGAUAGGUCCAAGGACAAGGGCAAGGACACGAAGGAAAAAGCAAAGGGCAGAGAUGCUUCUGCUCCCAGCCUCGACUUGCCCCAAGGUUACGAUUCUUCUCCGAAUGAGUCCAGAAAGUCUCGCGAUGCCUUCUCCAUCCACACGCAAACGUCGGUCUCUGAAUCUCGAGAGUCUUUGACCCUGGAUCGAGCGUUAUCCAGCACGCUUUCUGACCCGAACUCAAUCGCCAAAGAUCAGGAAAAUGUUGUCCGCAAGCUCUUUAGGAAAGGAAGCUCUAGCAAGUUUAGUCUGUCUUCUCGGCUCAGUAAGGAAUCCGGGCUCUUUAAGAAGGGCCCCGGAAGCACCACGAACUCGGACAAGAACAUGUCAGCGGAGAGAUCUAGCUUCGGCGACAUUGACGACUACGGUGAGGAGGGUCUGGUCGGUCGCAGCUAUGAAAGCGUCUCCGGCAGUCCCUCCUUCGGCCCGUCCAAGUCCAAGGAGUCGAAGGAAAGCAGAAUGACGGGCUGGAGCAGCAAGUUUUCCAUGAAGAAGAAGGGCAAGGACAACAAGGAAACCCCCGAGUCACAUCGGGCCCUCGAUAGCGAUGUUGAUGAGGAAAAGAAGGACAUUUGA